AUAAAAAGGGGUUAAAAGGCCUGCGCGUUCUGUACCUUUCUCGAUCUCAAUUUGUUUCCAGUUAGGGUUCCCUCUCUUUCUCUCGUCUGCUCGCGGCGAGGAAGCGAUAUGGUCGCUAUGAAGCUGACGGUGAAGACGCUCAAGGGCACCCACUUCGAAAUCCGGGUCCAGCCCAGUGAUUCGAUUAUGGCUGUGAAGAAAAACAUUGAGCAAGUACAAGGGAAAGACAAUUAUCCAUGGGGGCAGCAGUUACUGAUUCACAAUGGAAAAGUAUUGAAAGAUGAAACCACACUGGAAGAGAACAAAGUUAGCGAAAAUGGUUUUCUCGUUGUCAUGCUUAGUAAGAGUAAAGCUGCAGGCACAAGUGGAGCUUCAUCUGGUCAGCCUUCAGCUACUUCUGUAGUUCAGCCUUCUCCUAAGGAGGCUCAACCACAAAUUUCAUCACAAAUUCCACCACAAGCUCCCCAGCAAACACCGCAACAAGCUCUUGUCUCAGAGAAUUCAUCAACUGGAUCUGCUCAAUCUCAACGACCUAAUGCAGAGUUAUCUGAUGCCUAUGGUCAAGCUGCAUCAAAUUUAGUUGAAGGGAGCAAUAAUGAGCAGUUGAUUAGUCAAUUGAUGGAAAUGGGUGGUGGCAACUGGGACAGGGAGACAAUUCUGCGUGCACUUCGUGCUGCAUACAAUAAUCCUGAACGCGCUGUGGAAUACCUAUAUUCUGGCAUUCCAUCAACAGCAGAAAUUGCAGUUUCUGGUGAUUCUUUCCCUUCAUCUGAGGUAUCGGCUCAAGGGGUCAACGCAACCAAUUUAGCUGCUAUAGGGCCUUUAUUUGGAGUAACAAAUUCUGCUCCAAAUUCGUCUCCUUUGAACAUGUUCCCACAGGCAAAUGCGAAUUCUGGAGGGGGUACUGCAGGUGGAUCUCUCGACUUCCUCAGAAAUAACCAACAAUUUUUAGCUUUGCGAGCAAUGGUUCAAGCGAAUCCACAAAUAUUGCAGCCAAUGCUCCAGGAAUUAAGCAAACAAAACCCCCAAUUGUUGCGAUUAAUACAGGAUCAUCAUGCAGAGUUUCUUCACUUGAUAAAUGAACCUAUUGAAGAUCUUGAAGAGGAUCUGUUUGAUCAACCUGAUCAAGAUGAGAUGCCACAUACGAUUAGUGUAACACCUGAAGAGCAGGAAGCAAUUGGACGGCUUGAAGCAUUGGGUUUUGACCGGGCACGAGUAAUUGAAGCAUACCUAGCCUGUGACAGGAACGAGCAACUGGCAGCAAACUAUUUACUGGAACAUGCUGGAGAUGAAGAUUGAAGGUAACCAUUAUAUGUGAAUGCCAUUAAGAUGGGUUGGAUUUUUUUUCUGCCAGAAGACUCUUGGCAACUUGGAAAGACCUUCAUGUAUAUUGCAAUGAGUUUGUCAAGCUAAAUACUACGAGGCUCAGUGACUAGAUUACUUGUUGGUGAAAACAUUGUAGUUUGAACGGUGAGAGAAAAUUGUAUUAAGUAGGUAACUUAUUCAUAAUAUUCUUUCUAAAUUUAAUCACUAGUGAUAAAAUAUACUCUCAUGGGAGCUCAACUUUUCCUUAGUUAUAAGCUUAUUUGUCAUGAUA